CUUUGUAUAGUUAACUUAAUUAGUAACUCUACUACAAGGAAAGUAACAUGAAAUCGACGAACUACUCCGAACUAACUAGAUGAGCUGCUUAGAUGCCGACUUUAAGCUCUUCUUGGUCUACUUCUUCUUCUAACGCACGAGCCGCCUAUACCGUGCACGCUUCCGCUGUAUCUAAGGUACUCUGCCACAGGCUAAUUAACGGUAACGAACAGUACCUUGUACGCUGGAAGACCGAGCCGGAGUUUCCUGUUCCGCCGCGAGCAAUAUGCUCAUGGCACAGCGUCCCCGAGCUCCAACGCUCACUCCACCACGUGCAAACCUACAUUGAAUCGCUCUCCAGGACGGCUACAACAUCCACAGUGAACGGCGCCGUCAAUCCUAUUAAUCGAAAGAGGAAGGCGCCCGGAGCGGACCCACUUUACUCACGUGACAGUAGUCUUGGCGCCAAUGGUUCAGCUUACUGGAGCCGAGAGGCUUCGGUGAUCAGUGUUGGAUCCAGCAGUGAAACCUCGAACGAGACUCCGACUCCUGCAACUGAAGUCUACAAUGGCGUUCUGCAGCGGAAGUCUGGCAAGAUUACUGUGAAAAAGUCACGAGACCCAGCGGUGGUCACCCUAAAUGUAACGAAGCUCCCAACUCCGCAAAUGCUAGAGGUCGCCGCUACCGCACCGACCAGUGUCGCAGAACGCACGAUUCGUGAAGCUUUCGAUCACAGUCUAAGCAAACUCAAGCAUGUUCGCUGGGAGAACGGGGUCGAUGGCAGUGCACCUUCUCUCAACUUCACUUUCGUUGAUGGCUUCAUUCUCCGAGAUGGCGUGUACCGUCCGGAUGCUUCAGCAAACGUCGGAUGCACAAAACCCUGCAAGCCUAAUAUGGGCCAGAACGUCGGAUGCGAGUACCCCAGGAUGUGUACUUGCUUAGAAUAUGCGGCCGUGGACGAACCGAAACUGGAGCGAUCGGAUCCUGAGCGGUAUGCGCUAUACAUCCAUCAAAAGGAGACCGAGGGCUACUUCGUGGACACGGAAGGACUUCCCAAGCGCUUCCCGUACCAGAAGCCGAACGCGGAUCCCAGAGUGCCAUCUGUGCUUCUAAACUUCUACCUGGAGUCACGGUAUCCGAUCUACGAGUGCAACGAGUACUGCGCCUGCGGGCCGGUCUGCAAAAGCAGAGUCGUGCAGAAAGGCAGACGUGUGCCACUUGUGAUCUUCAAGACACGCAAUCGAGGCUGGGGUGUUUACUGCGACGAAGAGCUUGCCAAAGGUGAGUUCAUUGACACCUACAUCGGCGAAGUUAUUACCAACGAAGAAGCGGACCGACGUGAGGCCAAAGCCGGCAAAGCCAAAGCCUCAUACCUUUACAACCUUGACAAGUUCGAUGGUGACGACGGCAUCACGGCAGAUACUUGCUUCGUCGUGGACGGUCAGUACAUGGGCGGGCCGACACGUUUCAUGAACCACAGCUGUGAGCCGAACUGUCGGCAAUACACCGUGAGCCAGAAUAAGCACGACCUGCGGAUCUAUGACCUAGCAUUCUUCGCCAUCCAAGAUAUUCCGGCGGGCACGGAGCUGACGUUCGACUACAUGGACAAGGAUGAGCUGGAGGAGGAAGAGGUGGUGCAGGCGAGGCAUGCAGCGGCACUGGGUCCCGACAAUAUGGACAAGAAGCCUUGUAAUUGCGGAAGUAGGAAGUGCAGAGGCUUCUUGUGGGUCUGAAGAGUUACCUUUAAAGCGUGCGCCAUGCUUGCUGAAGUCUUUAUGCUAGACCUUGGGUCGAUGCGUGCGUUGGUGCGCUGACCAAUCAGCAGCUUUUGCAAAUGUCAACCAUCUCCAACAGUUACCGUC